AUGUCGAGAAUAAAGAUCUGUAUAGUACAUCAACGUUCCGAUAUCAACAGCACAGCACACCAAAACCAAACCAAACCAGUCAAGAAUAUCAAGAUCAUACCACAAGCUAUUACAGGUUACUCCAGGAUUAACCAAAUAUUCGUUGCUAAAUCCAAGUGUAGACUGUCUAACAUCAGAGGUCAAACAUAUGAUGAAGUCAUCAACGAAUCUCGUCCAACCGAUGGUAAACCAAGAGUAUAA